AUGCUUUCGUUGUGGUCUGCGGCAUUGCUGGUUGCCUUGCCCAUCCAGGCACAGUUCGUGGCCCCUCCAACGGACCUGAUCAAGACUAAAGGCUAUCUGGAUGUCCCCGUCCGGUAUAAGCAGGUUCCCAACGGUAUCUGUGAGACUGAUCCCAGCGUGAAGAGCUUUUCUGGAUACCUCGACGUGGCCGAGCACGAACAUAUAUUCUUCUGGUUUUUUGAAGCACGGAACCAAGACCCGAAAGAGGCUCCAUUAACUGUAUGGAUCAAUGGAGGGCCCGGGUCGUCAUCUAUGAUUGGACUUUUCCAAGAAAACGGCCCCUGUGGAGUAGACUCAAAUGGCUCGGUGUAUAACAAUCCGUACUCCUGGUCGAACGCGAGCAACAUGCUCUACAUUGACCAGCCCGUACAGACCGGGUUCUCCUACAGUAUCCCGGUUCCCGCCUAUGUUGACUCUGGCACAAGCAACGUGGUCAGUUUGCCUUCGACUAACUGCCCUGACUAUGCUGCUGGCCAGUCCUGUGGAACAUAUUCGUAUCCCAACAUCAGCCUGACGGCCAACUCCACCGACAACGCAGCACCCAACUUCUACCGAGCUCUGCAGGGCUUUAUGGGCGCUUUCCCGCAGUACUCGCGGCAGUCCUUCCAUUUCACCACGGAGAGUUACGGCGGCCACUACGGGCCCGUCUUCAACGAGUACAUCGAGCAGCAGAACGCUAAUCUCCCGCAUGGCGCCAAGAAGAUCAAGCUGGAAAGUGUGAUGAUCGGGAACGGAUGGUACGAUCCGAUCAUCCAGUAUCAGGCCUUCUACAACUUCACCGUCUACCCGGGCAACACCUACGACUACCUCCCCUACAACGACUCGAUCAGCUCCCUCCUAUACAACAACAUCUACGGCCCAGGCAACUGCUUGACACAGCUCCGCGACUGCGCCGCACGCGGCGACAACGCGAUCUGCAGCGUGGCGGACAACUUCUGCGCGAACGAGGUAGAGAGCAUCUACGACAACUACCUGGGACGCGACGAGUACGACAUCCGGGAGUUGACGCCGGACCCGUUCCCGUACGGGUUUUACGUGGACUACCUCAACACGGCGGCAGUGCAGGCGGCGAUCGGGGCGGUCGUCAACUUCACGGAGAGCAACAACGCGGUGUCGGCGGCCUUCUCGUCCACGGGCGACGACGGCCGACGCAUGCGCACCACGGACGAUUUCGCCGCGCUGCUGCAGCAGGGCGUCACGGUCGCCAUGUACGCCGGCGACGCGGACUACAACUGCAACUGGCUGGGCGGCGAGGCCGUCGCCGUCAAGGUCGGGGCGCCGGGCUUCCACGCCGCCGGGUACACGAACAUCUCUACCUCGGACGGCGUUAUGCACGGCCAGGUGCGCCAGGCGGGCCGGUUCGCGUUCGUGCGCGUCUACGAGAGCGGGCACGAGGUGCCGUUCUAUCAGCCGCUGUUGGCAUUGGAGCUCUUCGAGCGCGUCAUCGGUGGCAAGGACGUCGCGACGGGGAAACUCGAUGUGGCUUCGGGGUAUAGGACUGUCGGGGCGCCGAAGAGCACGUACCGCGAGGGGAAUGGCACCGUGCAGUGGCAGGUUUUAGAUCCGCUCGCGACGUAUAAUACUACUACCAAUGCGCCUAAUCCGGUCGAGGGCAAGAGAUUCCGCCGGAAGGGGUUGAGGAAGUCUGCGCUGCGCUUGCAGAUGUGA